AUAUAUAGGCUUCCAGGGAGAGCGUUUUCUUGAUGUACUUUGGGAAGGGCGGGGGAACCGAUGCCUGCAGGUUCUUGUAACAACAGUAGCUGCGGCUUUUGUUUAUUUUGCGGCGCGGACGUUGUUUCCAUGCACUUGCAAGAUCGCCGGUAAAGCACUUCCCUUGCUGAAAAUCCGGGCGCGUCUCCCAACCAUCUCCCGAGAAAGCAUCGUUGUCUAAGGGCUGUGACAACCGGCCGCCUGUUUCUUUCCCCUGAGCUUCUCUUACCGUUGUAGCUGAAGUUUCUUGAGUAGGUGGAAUGACACAAGUUGCCUGAUUUCUCGGUCUGUGGCUCCUGCUGCUGAAACUUUGAGCACGCCGCUCAAUCGCAGAAUGCCUUGAUUUCAGAACAUUUCUCGUUCUCGUGGCCUGCCGUGGAUAGCGUGCUUACCUUCAGGAACACAAUGAGAAAACUGUUCUCUGCGCUGGGUUGAUUUUUCAUCUUGUUUCUAAUUACCGCCUGAUGCUUUAUUGGAGGUGCUCACUUUGGGUUCCUUUUGGAAACACCAGGAAUGGUCAUUUCUACUUUUCAGGACCUCGGCAUGAAGAAGCUAAAGAGAAUCUUAUGUAGAUAAAGUGAAGCCUCUUUCUCUGUCCUUUCACAUUUGGGGACGUCUGUAUUUCUCCCUCCACAAGGAGUUGUGCGCAGCACCAUCAUGAACGUGACAAGUUUAUUUUCCUUCACAAGUCCAGCUGUGAAGAGACUUCUUGGCUGGAAGCAGGGUGAUGAGGAAGAAAAGUGGGCAGAGAAAGCCGUUGAUGCCCUGGUGAAAAAACUGAAGAAAAAGAAGGGUGCCAUGGAGGAACUGGAAAAGGCCUUGAGCUGCCCGGGCCAGCCCAGUAACUGCGUCACCAUUCCCCGCUCCCUGGACGGCAGGCUGCAGGUCUCCCACCGGAAGGGGCUGCCGCAUGUCAUCUACUGCCGCGUGUGGCGCUGGCCCGACCUGCAGAGCCACCAUGAACUGAAACCCCUGGAAUGCUGCGAGUUUCCCUUCGGCUCCAAGCAGAAGGAGGUGUGCAUCAACCCCUACCACUAUAAGCGCGUAGAAAGCCCUGUUCUUCCUCCAGUACUGGUUCCAAGACACAGCGAAUACAACCCUCAGCACAGCCUCUUAGCGCAGUUCCGCAACUUAGGGCAGAACGAGCCUCACAUGCCACUCAACGCCACUUUCCCGGACUCUUUCCAGCAGCCCAACAGCCAUCCGUUUCCUCAUUCUCCCAACAGCAGUUACCCCAACUCUCCUGGAAGCAGCAGCAGCACGUAUCCUCACUCUCCGACCAGCUCAGACCCAGGAAGCCCCUUCCAGAUGCCAGCAGAUACACCCCCACCUGCUUACCUGCCCCCUGAAGACCCUAUGACCCAGGAUGGCUCUCAACCCAUGGACACAAAUAUGAUGGCGCCUUCUCUGCCCUCAGAAAUCAACAGAGGAGAUGUUCAGGCAGUUGCUUAUGAGGAACCGAAACACUGGUGCUCCAUCGUCUACUACGAGCUCAACAACCGUGUGGGCGAAGCGUUCCACGCCUCCUCCACUAGCGUGCUGGUGGAUGGUUUCACCGAUCCUUCCAACAACAAGAACCGCUUCUGCCUCGGGCUGCUCUCCAACGUUAACCGGAAUUCCACCAUCGAAAACACCAGGCGGCACAUUGGGAAAGGAGUUCAUCUUUAUUAUGUUGGAGGUGAGGUAUAUGCCGAAUGCCUCAGUGACAGUAGUAUUUUUGUGCAAAGUCGGAACUGCAACUACCAUCACGGAUUUCACCCCACUACUGUUUGCAAGAUCCCGAGUGGGUGUAGUUUGAAAAUUUUUAAUAACCAAGAGUUUGCUCAGCUACUGGCACAGUCUGUGAACCACGGCUUCGAGACGGUCUACGAGCUCACAAAAAUGUGUACUAUUCGCAUGAGCUUUGUGAAGGGCUGGGGAGCAGAAUACCACCGCCAGGAUGUUACUAGCACCCCCUGCUGGAUCGAGAUCCAUCUGCACGGCCCCCUCCAGUGGCUGGAUAAAGUUCUUACCCAGAUGGGCUCACCUCAUAACCCUAUUUCAUCUGUGUCUUAAAUGCCUCAGGCUUCUGCCUCUGGAAAACUAUUGAGCCUUGCAUGUACUUGAAGGAUGGAUGAGUCAGACAACCAUCUGAACUGACAAAGGAGCCUUGACAAUACUUGACCUCUGUGACCAACUGUUGGAUUCAGAAAUUGAAAAACCGGGGUAACACACUGUUGAUAUCAAGAACCUGUUUAGUUUACAUUGUAACGUUGGAUUGUAAAAUCAACUAAAACGCAUACUUUUUAGCAGGACUUUGUGUAUAGUUAAAGGAGAGAAGGCCAAGCCAGGGACAAAUCACCUAUUGGAAAAACGAUCCUAAGAGUCUUUUGUGUUUGGCACUUUAAGGUCAUCGUUUGGCAGAAGUUAAGCAUUAAUAGUCUUUCUGACGUGUGUUUUUAUCAGGUUUAGAGCCUGCGUGGAGUCUUCUCUUCGUGGGUUUUCAUAAUAUUUUAAAACUAUUCGUUUAGUAAAGGUUUUUGUUUGUUUUUUAAGUAAAGGUUAAUCUUGGUGAUAUACAUAGUAAUCUUUCUAAAAUUGUAUGCUGACCAUAAUGCUGUCAGAAUAAUGUUAGACAUACGCUCUUUGCUAAAUAUAUAUGUACAGAAUAUUUGAAAGCUAAGAAUUGAUUAGACUAGUGGGUUUAGGAGUAUUGAAGGGGGCGGGGGGAGAGGGAAAAGACAGAUGUAGAAUAUACUGUAAAAAUUCAGUUUGUUGCUUUAAAGAAACAAACUAAUGUCUGAAUUUUGCUGUGUUUCAAUUUUUUAGAGAUUUUAUCCUUUUUUUUUUUUUUGCAUCUUCUAUCUCAUCCUCUCCCAAAAAAAAAAAAAAAAAAAAAAAUUAUGCAGCUGGUUAAUUCAUGUAACUGUGAGAGCAAAUGAAUAAUUCCUUCUAUUCUGAAAUUGACUGCCUAUGUAUUUCAAUACCAGUUGAAUGGAGUUGCUUGAAUUUAAUAAGGAGCUUUUAUGGAGUUUACAAUACAGAAAUAGGCUUUAAUUUUCAAGUGAAUUAUUUGCCAAACCUAGUAACUCUGUUAAAUAUUUGGAGGAUUUAAAGAACAUCCCUGUUUAAACCAAUUUCAAACUUAAAAAAAUUUUUUGUACUAUGUUUGGUUUGUUUUUCUUCUGCUAAUCUUUUAUAUUCACUUACGCUCUCCUACAUUGAGUACUUUUAUUCCAAAACUAGUGGGUUUUCUCUACUGGAAAUUUUAAAUAAACCUGUCAUUAUUGCUUACUUUGAUUAAAAA